AGUGGAUCGAGCACCUCGGUAAAGUCCUCGCCCGCAUGGCCUGAUGGGGUGCGCUUCGUCGAAUGCCACGGCGCCAGAAGCCAAUGUGGUGAAGCAACGACGCAGGUUGAGCGUUGGCAAUGUUGAUGCUAGCGAUGUCCACGAGGUGGAUGACCGUACCACACAGGAGGAUCGUGGGCUCAUCGCCCAGUUUAACCAGCAGAAUUUGUUGGACAUGAUCCAGCGUGAUGGGCAACCGGCGAAGGGACGGCGGAACUCUGCCAUCUGCUCCUCGACGGACCAGAACCCAACCUCCUUUGCCAACAAGACCAUGCAGCAAUACGGAGACGAAUUGCAAGCUGCUCAGCACGGGUUGGGCUACACUUGCAGGAAGGGCUUGAAACCUGAGAGUCCCAACCAGGAUUCCUGGUGCAUGUUGAAGACUGACGACUUCUCCAUCUAUGGCGUCUUUGAUGGUCACGGCCAGAAAGGUCAUGACGUGUCCAACUUUGUGAAGGACGUGCUCCCGAAGCUGAUCGUGUCGGACCCAAGGAGUGCGCAAAGUGAGUGGGGCGCCAUCUUGACAGAUGCAUUCAGGAAGACGCAAAGCAUGGUGCAUACCUCUGAUAAGAUGAAACAGUUGAAUGCGCAGAUGUCGGGAACCACUGCCACCCUGGCUGUGCAUGACCAUCGAAAUAGCAAGAUCACGGUGGCUCAUGUUGCAGACAGUACUGCCGUGCUGGGCACCAAAACUGGCAAUGCAUGGGAGGGGGUGGCCCUAACACGCGAUCACAAGCCCAACUUGAAGGACGAAAAACAGAGGAUUGAGAAGGCGGGUGGCCGGGUAGUCUUUGAUGGCUAUGCCAACCAUCGCGUCUAUGCGAAGAACGCCCGGUACCCGGGCCUCAACAUGUCGCGUUGCAUAGGAGAUCUUCUGGGUCAUCAAGAUUGCGGUAUCAGUUGUGAGCCGGAGGUCGCAGUGGUGGACCCCAGUAGCAAGGAAAGAAUCCUCUUUCUUUGUAGUGAUGGUGUUUGGGAGUUCAUCACGCCACAGGAGGCGAUCACGUUGAUCCAUCACUACUCCUCCACAGAGGCUCAGAAGGCCGCCGACUUCCUAGCGAAGGAAGCUUGGGACCGUUGGAUUCGCGAGGAAGGCGGAGCGGUGGUGGACGACAUCACGGUGGUCUUGGUGUAUCUGAAGCCGGCAUAGCCGGUGCCGCCGGACCUUAUGACGAAGCCGAAACGCGCCCUUUGUGCGCCGCCCUUGGGGCGUCUCACGCGCUUAUUGUGUCGUCCGAAUGGAGGAGUCCCCGUAAAACAGAGAGGGGAGAUGGUG